UUUAUAAACUUUAAUAUAAAUAAUUUAAUUAAUUUAAUGUAAUCUUAUUGUUUUACUAUUUUACUAUUCAUCUAAAAUUUGAACAUUCAAUAACCGGAAUUAAAAACAUAUCUACAUAAAGGUAACGCAAUGACUAAAAGCGGUGAAUUAAAUAUUAAAGGAACCAGAUUGUCUGGAAGAGUAUGGAAGGGAUCAUCAAAGCCAGUUCGAUCGAUUAUAUCAAAGAAUGUAAAAAGGUUAUCUAGGGAUAAAAUUAGAGAUAAAUGGUUGAAAAGUAAACUUUUUAAGGAAGAAAUGAAUGAAAUUAAAAAGGAGGCUAAGGAAUUAGUUGAAAAAAGUAAGGAAGAAAAGAAGAAAAAAGCAAAAGAAAUAAAAAUUAAGCGACAGAAAAAAAUCGAAAAUGAAAUCAGGUCGGCAGGAAAGAAUUUAAUAGUCAUUGGACAAAAAAAAUUCUCUAAAAUGUCAAAAAAAGCAAGAAAAGGCUUGACCAAACUAACACCUGAAAUGAUCGCUAUUUUAAAAUCAAAUAAAAGAUUGUAACCUUAAAUUCUCAUUAAAUGAUAAAUUGUAAUAUAUUUCUAUUCU